GCUCGAAAGAUCACCCCUCCUGCCAGCUCCCCCCGCCCCCCGCCCGUGCAUCCUGAUCGAGCCAUGGCCGGCUACGACAAGGUCCCAGCAGAGUGGAGUCGCCCGACGACCUGGCCGCCCAGGAAGAGCCUGCCCGAGAGACGCCCGGACGCCCCGCACGUGGUCCUCUCAACAAAGUUCGGCGAACCGUGGUACAGCAUCUCUAUCGGCAUUAAGGAGAUUCUCGAAGAGCUGGGAUGCACUGUCUACAAUCCCAAUACCGACAACAAGGCCCUUACUGUCUCAAAGCAUCUCUCUCGAGUGAGCGAGCUCUACAAGGACAAGGCCGACGACCGCUGGCUUCGGACUUUUACCGAGAAUUUGGACAGGAUCCUGGAGAGAAAGAGUGGCUUCGUGCUGCAGAUCCAGCAGGGCAUGGCCCAGGAGAAGUCAGACAUGCAGGUUGCAGAGGAGCGCAUGGGGAAGAUGUGGGCCGUUCCGCGCAUGGGCAUUUAUGCCUUCCCGACGAGGUCGGCCACCUAUACUCGAGGAGGCAACACCCUGGCAGAGCAGUAUCUGGCCCUAGCAGUGGAGAGGGCCCAAAAGCAGUGGGAGGAGGAGCGCAUCAAAGACGAGGUGGAGAUGGUGUCAGAGUGGUUCGAGCCCUUGGAGGGCGACCGCGAGCUGCGCGUCGACGACAGGGGCCAUCUCCAGGGCCGAGCCCGCUGCACGUAUCCGAGCGGCAACGUCUACGAGGGGGAGUUCCAGGAUGGCCGGAGGCACGGCAAGGGGACCUUCACGUAUAAGAGCGGCGCGGUCUACGAGGGGCAGUGGAAGGAUGGCCAGCAGCACGGGAAGGGCACGUUCACGUCUGCGAGCGGCAACGUGGAGGUCGGCUUCUACGACAAGGACGAGCGCAAGGGCCGCGGGGUGAAACUCAGCGCAGACCGCAGGCAGGCCUGGCUCCUGAUGGACGGCAAAAAGGAGCGCGAGGUCUCCGUGGCCGAGGCCGGGGGCCCUCCAAACCAGAGAAAGGGA